AUGACUACCUCUGCCAUCUCGCCCGGCGGGGCCGUGGAGAGUACACCGCUGCUGUCGGUGGCUCGGCAGCGGUAUGCGAUCCACUCACCUUCGGAAGCCUCUACCACCUCCGAGUAUACGCCGCAGGCCGACUUGGUGGACAUUACCAAGGACCGCUACGACCUCUCGACGUUCAAGGGUCGUCUGCUGCAUUUUGCCUCAGUCACCUCGCCGCUUACGCUGCUGGCGUCGAAUGCCGAGCUCAAGGCCGCCCAGGAGACCGUGGCGAGCUACGAGGCCAAGUUCCCCGCCAACCGCACCACAGGCACGUUUAUGGUGCCGCGCUCCGAGGCGGAACGGUACUGGAAGGCCAAGCAGCUCGUCGACUCGUCCGUGCACCCCGAUACGGGCGAGGUGAUUCUGCUGCCGUUCAGGAUGGCCGCAUUUGUGCCCACCAAUCUGCUCGUGGUGGGCGGCAUGUUGAUGCCCAACCCGAGUCUGGCGGGCAUCGUCUUCUGGCAGUGGGUCAACCAGAGUCUCAACGUAGCGGUCAACUACUCGAACGCCAACAAGAGCGUGCCCAUGAACAUGAAGGAGGUCGGGCUGGCGUAUGCCGCGGCCACGACGAGCGCCGUGGGCAUCGCGGUGGGCAUGAGCCGAGGCGUGCCCAAGCUGCGCGUCAGCCCGGGCGUCAAGGGCGUUCUUACGAGUCUGGUACCCUUCGUCAGCGUGGCCAGUGCGGGUAUAGUCAAUAUCAGCUGCAUGCGCUGGAAGGAGAUCAAGGACGGCGUCGGCGUGUACAUCCGCGAUGCAGAGGGCAACCGCCAUCAUGUCGGAGACAGCUCCAAGGCGGGCCAGCGUGCCGUGGCCAUGACCGCUGCCUCGCGCGUCCUCACCAACAUUCCGACGUUGAUCCUGCCGCCACUGGCACUCAAGUUCCUGCAGCGCGCACGCGUGAUCCCCGCCAGCGGCGCCCUCACGCGCGCCGUCGACUUGACCCUCAUCGGCACCAGUCUGCUCGUCUUCCUUCCGCCCGCCAUCGCCACCUUCCCGCAGGUGGCCAAGACGUCGCCACAGACGCUCGAGCCCAAGUUCCACCACUUGACCGACCCCGAGGGCAACCCCAUCACCCAGGUCGAAUUCAACAAGGGACUCUAG